AUAAAGCCUGUUCAAUCAAUGUCUCUUCAAGAAUCUUUAAAAAGUUACUUAUAAUUGUAAGACUGUAAAGUAUACUCAAAAACAAGAGAAAAAAGAAAAUAAUAAACAAAAGCUGAGACAUCGUAAUACAGCAUGUGUAUCCAGGUCAUUUCGUGAUCACUAGAGUUCGACAAGCACGUUUCGCUGAUGUAGUAGCUGUCUGCCUCACCGAGUAGCUCUCAUCCCGGCCACAAAGGUGCACUCGAAACGUACAUCCACCCCUGCCGUUCUAUCGACAUUUCCAGCAGCGUGAGGACUUCCCCGGCCAGACACUCACGGCGCUGGCGCGGUCCCAAGUUGCCUGCUGCUGCCACCGUGUUGCCCUGCUGCGCGCGAUAACGUUUUUUCUACCCUCCGCUCGGUUACUGUGGAGCGCUCUCGCGCAGUUUCGCUCUAGUUGAGUGAGCAAGCUCCGUAGCAGCAGCAUUGACCGUCAUCGCGUGCGUGGGCGCGCUUGCUCUUCCCGAGCAAGCGAAAACACCUAGCAGAGAAGGGGAAGAGAAAGAGGAACAGUAGAAUAAACAAGAAGAGCUCGUCAGCUGGACAAUAGGCAAAAUGACUGAGGUGCUACGGAUAAUUUCGCAGAAGGAAAAAGAAGAGGUCGGAGGUCGACUCCCCAGCCAGUAGAUAUAUAUAGUUAAUCUGUGGGAGAGGAGAGCUCAUCGUUCGAUUGUUUGGUUGUGCCCAGUGCUUUUGAGCCAACCUAGAGCUUGUUCAACCGAUCAAGAAUGAGCAUCUCCCAUGACAGCGCUUCCACUAUUGUUUGCAAGGAGGUUUUCGAUGAAAACUCCCAACCUUCGGAAAAAGAGGUGAUAGACUACGCGCGCCGCUUGGGGAUUGAUCCGGACAGCGAACCCUAUCUUCUGGACUUGGCACGCGAGGGUCUUAUGGCAGCCCUUCCCAAGGGCUGGACACCGGUCUACAAUGAUGCGGCCAAGAGCUUCUAUUAUUACCAGCGCUCAACCAACGUCACCACAUGGGAGCAUCCACUGGAUGCCGUUUACAAGGACCUGGUCGCGCAGGCUCGCGCCAGUAACCGACGUCGGGCUAGCGUCGACGAAGACUCGAAGAUCGGAGCCGAUGAUGCUGAGCCGGACUAUCAGCAGCUACCAGUAUCCAGCGGACUGCCACCUCCGGUGCCAGGCCCACUCAAAUCACCGACAACGCGGAUCCCAAUGAAACUGGCGCCUCUAAAGAGGCAUCGCAGCGAAAGCUCGUCAGGCUUUCCUCGUCGUUCCCCGAGCUCGCUUGACCGGCUGACGAGAGGCUGGAAGAGCGGGGAUUCGGAUAUGGAGCCGCACUCGAGCAGUGCACGGUCCUCACUGUCAAGUGAUCGGGCCUCGCGGGACUACACAAACUUACGCUUUCAGGAUCCCCAGUUCUAUGAAAGUCCCAAGCUUAUGGAUAACGACAAGAAGAAACUGGAUUUUAGGGAUGUAUUGAAACGCUCGGAGUCCCUGAGCCCCCGAUACGAGGAAGACUGGCGUCAGCUGAGCAAUCGCUUCAGUUCGGAUGAAAAUAUUAUCGACAUCGAAAAUCUUGCUAGCAGUGCACUCAAGCAAAAGUCUCGAACACCUUUGACGCCAAGCAGAGAAACCGCGAGCAGUCCUGUUCAAGUGCAGCAGCAGCAACUUCCGAAGGAGUUGACGCUUAGCGGCGGUGGGUCGAUUUUUCUUAAGAGCAACAGGAGCAGAGACACGACACCCUGCCACGAUGAGACAAGGCCUCUUGAAGACCCUCAGGCUGCUGGAGGAAGCGAUCUUGUGGUCCCCGGCGGGGGCAGCCUCGAUGACAUGAGUGCCUCCACCGGCGAGAGGCUAAAAUCUAUUUUGAGAGAAAAAGCUGCUGAAGAUGGUAAGUUUUUGGAUGAAAGGCCAUUUGAAGAAGAGCGCAAGAGCGUUAGAUUCGAUUUACAAAAAGUAGCCAUUCAGACUGCUGUAACAAAAUUUAACGACAGUGAUUCUGACGAAGAAGAUACAGAAGGUAGUGGACCGGAAGAACGAACUGGGGGGAUCGCAUCGGUGAUAGCGGCUAGGCGUGCAGCUGCAGUUUUUUCCCUUCAGCAAGUUCUGAAUCGUCAAGGGGGAGCAGACUUUGGACCAAGUAGAACUUUUGUAAAGAGAGUCGAUAUCGAUGUUAAGAACCCGAAAAUCAUUGGGAAUCGAUUCGUCGUAGAAAAUGUUUCUGAAAAAGAGCAUAUGCAACAGCAAGAGAGUCGAUCCAUUGAUGACGAAGAAUUCCUUCCAAAUAAAUUUGAGAACGUUAAGAACAUCGAUCUGAUUUCAAAAAGUGAUUCUGAGAAGACCACACCAAGAAGCAGUGAAUCUAGAUCGAGUUUUUUAGAUGAUCUGCGUAAAAGCAAAGAGAUUAUGAUGGAAAAUAUGAAAAAAUCCGAAUUGAGAGCCAAAAAAAUUGCAGAAGACGAGGCUAGAAUAGCGGAAAAUCAAUCAUGGUCGUCGAAAAUGCUGCGUAGUUUGGAACUGUCUAAAGAAGGUAUUAAAAGUCCAUCAUCUGAGAAUCUUAUGACUAAUUUGGAAGCAAUAAAAAAUAAUAUGAUUAAGGAGAACGAAAAUGAGAUACGAAUCUUCAAACAAGAGUUGGAUAGCAAAUUAGAGGCGGUGAAAAAUCAACUGGAAAAAGAAUUUAGUAAAGAAAAGCAGUCAUUGGAAGCGAGUAUUCAAAAAAAACUUUUAGAAUUAAGAAAGGAAAUGACUAGCAAGGAAGAACACGAGAUCAAGAAGCUCAUCGAGGACAUGGGUGAGGUGAGGGCAGAUAAUCUUAAAAAGGUAAGAAAUGAGCUGGAAGUAUGCUAUGAAAAAGAACGACAAGAUAUACUGUCAAAUCUGAAAGGCGAAUUGGAUCAACGGAAACGUGAACUCUUGGAGCUCAGAUCCCAGGAGAUAUCCAAAUUAGAGAACGAGCACGAGAGAGGCUUGGAUGAUGAUAAACAGGCAAAAAUAGUUGAGAUGGAAAUCACGCGGCAGCACAAUGAAAGAAUUGAGGAUUUCAGAAAGGAACUUGCUAAAGAGUUUGAUAACGUGAGAGCUGAUCUGAGAGCGCAACAAAGAGAGAAAAUCACUAAAAUUACAGAGGACCAUGAAAAAUGUCUCGCAGAUAUUCUCAGAGACUUCAGAGUUGACGAAGGACUCGCUCGCAAAGUUUAUAAACAACGGCUGGAUGAAAUUCGUACAGACUACUCAAAAGACGUCGAAAACGAAAUGAAGAAACACAAUGACUCGGCUGUUCGUCAAGAAAGCGUAGAUUUCGAGAAAAUUCGCUGCGAAAAGCGACUUCUCGAGGAUAAAUAUAACACCUUGAAAGGAAAGUAUUUAAAAUUAAAGAAAGAUAUGAGAGCAGCCAUUGAGAAAAGAAAUAGGCGCAAGGAACAAGCAAAUACAACAGCAUCGGAAACCGAAAUGUCGACAUCAACUAGAACAAGAACUGAGAGAACUGAAUCCACAGAUCAAAAAUCGCUGCUAACGAAGACAAAUUCCAUCUCGAACUCGAAGCCCAAGGAGAUUUCCCGCCAAAAUUCAAACGCGCUGAAGGAUCAGCAAUCGGAUUUCCAGCAGCAGCAACCGCAACAACGCCUCGUUGUUACAUCAGCUGCCACACAAGCAGCCAAUCAACCUGCGGCUGCGGCUACUGCGCUACAGAAGACCCAAAAGUUUGAGUCUGAUGACACGACAACCUGUAGCGAAACCACCUCAAAUUUACUCAUGAUGAGUAGAAAAAAGAAGUGCUUUACGAAAAAGCCUAGCACUGGAGCCAAUAAGAUAAACAACAAUAUGACUGAUAAUCCAGUGGAAAAUAUUAGAAAGCAAUUGGAAAAACUUGAAGAUCUUGGUGAUCAAUUGCCAAGCAAUGAAACGGCAUACACUGUGCGCUAUCCUUUCCAGGAUAAAUCCCCAACCAACGUUUCAUCGGAACUUGAGUUCUUCAGACACCGCAUACACGUCGAGCGUGAUUCCGUGAAAAGGGCUCGAGAGGCACUGAGGCAACAAAGAAGUGCUUUCCAGAGCAGACAGAGGGCUUGGAAACAACGGAGCGCCAGAGCCACUUUGGAGCAGCUAGUCAAGGAGGAACGUGAACUUUCGGAUAUGGAGGUGAGCUUGCACCGUACCCGCAGUCUAUUGGGUGAAAAAGUAAUCCAUCUACGCCAUCUGGAGCAGUCGUUGGAACGCGUGGCCAACGCUAAGCGUAGCGAGUACAAGUCACCAACACCAGCUGCUGCUACCACAACGGGCAACAAGAGCGACGAAGUCACGUUAAGCGAUAUGUCGAGCGCUAGUAGCGGCUUUAGUUCGACCGACUUGGGCACGGAUACAUUUAUCGACAAAUACUGUCAUUAUCAAGAAUCGACGGAAAUCAUAGCGAGUCUGGAGAACCUUAACUCGGAAAUCCGUGAGAUUUGGGGUGUUCUAAACAAGCGACAAGACAACACCAUACCACCACCACCAACACUGAUGUACACCGAUUUAUCAUGGUUUCCUUACCAGCAUCUGACCACCCAACCUACUACUGUAUCAGCGGCCUUCGGUACACCUAAUAUCCAGUCGAAUAUUCUAUCUCAAUUAACUGCAGGUCAUCCUCCGAGUGCUACACAAAACAUCAUCGCUCAAUAUGGACCAACUAGCGGGUAUACAACUAGUGUAGGCACUGUCGAAGGGUCUGUGGCUCCGAAUCUUAUUGAAAGGACAAGGAAUCUCAAAGACUGGUUGCGCCAGGCACGCGUUGAAACUUCAGAUCUUGUUAGCCCUGGACAAGCGACCCUCUAAAGUUGAAUGAUGGACAAUUUUACAAAUGUUUUAGAACAAUCAAUCAAAUUUUUACUAUUUUAUAAGUUGGUCACCGUGCGCCCAAUCAUUAGUAAGUAAAUAUUACAAUUUGAAAACUAAAAAAACAUAAAUUCCUUAUACUUGGCCUAAAGUGUACUUGAUUAAGUGAAAUUUUUAUGUUCUGUAAUGGCUUAAACCGUAGCCUACGCAAUUUUACAAUGCAUCUAGAUAUUAAUAUAUACAUGUGUAUAAAUGCAUAUAUUUAUGUGUGUAUACAUAAAUGUAUAUUAAUUAUGUAUUUUACAAUAGAUAAUUUGUACAGGUAUGACUACAUUUCAAAGAAAUAACUUGGUCUAGCACAUUAAUGUUUUUUAAUAAACAUUUUUAAUUUUA